AUGGGAACAUCCGGUAACUGGUUCAGAAGAAUCAGAAAAAAGUUUGUGAGAUCCUCCGACAGAGAUAUCACUGUCAUCUAUUCCAACACCAGCCCAAGCUCCCAUGGAGAAGGAGCUGAUUAUGAAGUCCUCAUUCGCGACGAUCCUUCAUCUGCAAUGUCUUCGUUCAGAACCAGAGAGAGAAUUUUAACCAAGGAAGACAUUGCAGCCAUCAAGAUCCAAGCAUUUUUCAGAGGCCAACUUGCAAGACAAGCAUUUCGUGCACUCAAGAGCCUGGUGAAGCUGCAAGCACUGGUUAGAGGAGUGUGCGUGAGGAAACAGGCGCGAGUCGCUAUGCAAUGCAUGCGUGCACUUGUCCAGUUGCAGGUCAAGGUUCGCGCACGGCAGCUCCUCAACGGGUAUACUGCUGGCAGAUCCAUCACAGCUUAACUAUAGUUAUAGAGCAAGACCAAACAAAGGUUUGGAAACUAAAUUUUGUAAUAAAAGGCUGUGUACUCAACAAAAUUAUUCUCCUAUAGGCAGUUUUGCACCAAAAUUGUCAGGCUCACUAUGCGUUCAAAACUCUAGUAGUUUACUAUCAAUAUGAACCCUGCUCAUUGAAGAAUGCAUCCAGGAAGCAACUGCAAUAUACCAUAAGAUCUUACGUCAAUUUGUUUACAAUAUUCUUUUGAUAAUGGCUCAGUAGUUUGCCACAAUCAGUGGACUAAUUAAACUAAGAAAAACCCAGUCCGUAGAACA